AUGGCCGCGGCGGGCUGCCGGACGAGGUGUUGCCCACUGCUGACGCAGCUGUUGCUGCAGCUGCUGCUGCUCGCCGCGCUCUGGGCCCCCACCCCAAAAGGCGGCGCGCGGGCGCUGCGGCUGGUACGCGUGCGCGUCCCGCCGUUGGUUGCUCGCGGCAUGACGGCGCGGCUCGAGUGCCGCUUUGAGCUGCAGCGGGACCGCCUCUACUCGGUCACGUGGUACAAGGACCACGAGGAGUUCUACCGAUACGUGCCGCGCGCGCCCACGCCGCAGCACAGCUACCGGCUCGAAGGCGUCCGAGUAGUCGACGAGCUGUCGGACAGCCAGCAGGUGAUCCUGCGCAGCGUCAGCCUGCGCGCCACCGGCGUCUACCGCUGCGAGGUGUCGGCCGAGGCGCCCUCCUUCACCUCGGUGCAUGGCGAGGGCCACAUGCAGGUCGUCUCGCUGCCGCACGAGGGCCCGGAGAUCUCCGGAGAGGUGGGCGGUGUGUUCCGGCAGGGCGACGUGCUCGCCCUCAACUGCACCUCCGGGCGGUCCUCUCCGCCGGCCAGGAUCCGCUGGUUCGUCAACGACCGCCAGGUUCCGCCGGCACUGGAGGCGUCUGUGCAGCAGCACGGGCUGACGGCCACCGUGUCCGGGCUGCGCCUCGUCGUGUCCGAGCGCCACUUCUCCGCUGACGGCCGGCUGCGGGUUCGAUGCCAGGCGACGGUCACCGCGGGCGGCGGCCCGGACGCCGAGCCGCUGGUCGAGACAAGGGAGGCCCUCGUCGUUGAUACAACUCUCUACUUGUAA